AUGUUGUGGCACAUCUUGUGUAUGACAUGGACUUCAUCUUUCGUUUUUCUACAAGGCAGGUCUGUGCUCUGUAAGGAGAUGAAGUUCCCCAGCAGAGCAGCCAAGCCCCCCUCUCCAUCUGACUUUCUGGACAAACUGAUGGGACGCACAUCUGGUUAUGACGCCCGCAUCAGACCGAACUUCAAAGGUCCACCUGUCAACGUCACCUGUAACAUCUUCAUCAACAGCUUCGGGUCCAUCACUGAAACAACUAUGGACUACCGCCUCAAUGUAUUUCUGAGACAGCAGUGGAAUGACCCUCGACUGGCAUAUAAGGAGUAUCCAGAUGACUCUUUGGACCUGGACCCCUCCAUGUUGGACUCCAUUUGGAAACCCGACCUGUUCUUUGCAAAUGAGAAGGGAGCAAACUUCCAUGAGGUUACGACGGACAACAAACUGCUUCGGAUAUUCCAGAAUGGAAAUGUCCUCUACAGCAUCAGGCUGACUCUUACUCUUUCCUGCCCCAUGGAUCUGAAGAACUUCCCAAUGGACAGCCAGACUUGCACCAUGCAGCUUGAAAGCUUCGGCUACACCAUGAACGAUCUGAUUUUUAAAUGGCUGGACGUGGGGGCGGUGCAGGUGGCUGACGACCUGACGCUCCCUCAGUUUGUGUUGAAAGAGGAGAAAGGCCUCGGCUAUUGCACCAAGCACUACAACACAGGUAAAUUCACCUGCAUUGAGGUAAAAUUCUACCUGGAGCGUCAGAUGGGCUACUACCUGAUCCAGAUGUACAUCCCCAGCCUGCUCACCGUCAUCCUGUCCUGGGUGUCGUUCUGGAUCAACAUGGACGCGGCUCCAGCCAGAGUGGGACUGGGCAUCACCACAGUCCUCACCAUGACGACGCAGAGCUCCGGCUCCAGGGCCUCCCUGCCAAAGGUUUCUUAUGUGAAAGCCAUAGACAUCUGGAUGGCAGUUUGUCUUCUCUUCGUGUUUGCUGCACUCCUGGAGUAUGCAGCCGUUAAUUUUGUUUCACGCCAGCACAAAGAGUUCUUCAGAUUGAGGAGGAAGCUCAAAGAGCAGCAGCGGCAGAGAACUCAGGGGAGUGGUGACAGUAAAGUGAAAGGAAACAACACGUCAGGCAACAGUGCUCCUCAUGGGGAGGGGCAGCAGUGCAGCGCCUGUGCCAGGGAGGAGCUGGCUCAGCAGGGUUUACUCUUCCAGAGUUUUGGACUCGCACUGUCAACAGGAAGUGCGCCGGAAAUGGAUGCGACCCCGGUGUUUGCUGAUUUACCUCCAGGUUUAGGUUUCUAUGACAUACGCAGGCGCUUUGUGGACCGGGCUAAAAGGAUUGACACCAUCUCCCGAGCUGUUUUCCCCAUGAGCUUCCUCAUGUUUAAUGUCCUGUACUGGCUUACCUACAAAGUUCUACGACAUGAAGACGUUCAAGCCGCGUUGUGACAUCACAACAACUGAGGGCCAUAAAGACACUGGAUACCUUUGAUUCUGCUCUGCUCACUGAAACAUUUACAGGCUCAGAGUCCUCAGCUGAGCCAUGCCAGAUGUGUUGUGACAUGGAAGAGUCCAACGAUUUCUUUACAUUUUUAAUACUUCCAAAGAAAUGCA